AUUUAGAUACGCGUGAACGAGCCUCGCCUGCCAUUACCCUCCCCCCUGCGCGUGAACACGCAUAUAAAUACUUCUGCGCGCGGCCGCGUUCCCCAGUCUCGAGGCCAACGCCAUUUUGUCUUGCAAGCAGAGAUUUCCCUGAAUCUUAUAUCACCAUGAGUGGAUGUCGUGUAUUCAUCGGCCGUCUGAGCCCUCAUGCUCGUGAAAGAGACGUGGAGAAGUUCUUUAAAGGCUACGGACACAUUCGGGAGAUUAACCUGAAAAACGGAUUUGGCUUUGUGGAGUUUGACGACCACAGGGACGCAGAUGACGCAGUGUAUGAGCUGAAUGGAAAAGAGCUGUGCAGUGAGAGGGUGACUAUUGAACAUGCCCGCUCUCGCCGAGGGAGAGGUGGCGGUCCAGGAAUGGGAGGGGGACGUUUCUCUCCACGCUUUGGAGGGUAUCGCAAAUCACAAAGUGGGGGUUCCAGGUACGCAAGAAUUGUGAGAGCAAUCAUAUGCCGUUUGUUAAAAUUCAAAUUCAAAUGGGUUGACCUCUGCCCUCCUUUCAGGUAUGGACCACCCGUGCGCACGGAGCACAGAAUCAUUGUGGAUAAUCUCUCCUCUCGCAUCAGUUGGCAGGAUCUGAAGGACUUGAUGAGGAAGGUGGGAGAAGUGACCUUUGUGGAUGCACACAGGACCAAAAAGAAUGAAGGGGUGGUGGAGUUUGCUUCACACAGUGAUAUGAAGAAUGCCAUUGAGAAGCUGGAUGGAACCGAUCUGAAUGGACGCAAACUCAAGCUAUACGAGGAUCGCCAGAGAGAUCGUAGUAGGAGUCGUUCCCGCAGCAGGAGCAGCUCCCGCUCCCGUUCCCGAUCACCCAGUCGGAGUCGCACCCCUGAGCGUGGAAGCAAACGCUCUCGCAGUCGCUCAGUCAGUCGCACCCCAGAGAAGAAGAGUACCAGCAACCGGUCUCCUUCCCGCUCUCCUACUCCUCCACGGAAACAGAGCCGCUCCCGAUCUGCUUCUGCAGAGAGUCAGCAUUGAAACUAAUUAUGUAUGUCUGGAUGAGUGAGAAUUUUUGUUUUUCCUUCACUUAAUGUGGCAUAUGUCAUUGUGCUACUUUAGUGUAAAUUACUUACUGUGAGUUGAAUGGAUGAGUGUGUUCGUGUAUGAAUACGUGUAUGAAGAUGUUUUGAUUUAUUUCUUAUGCAGAGGAACUGGGGUGGGUGGGGGGGGGGGUUAAGUGAUGGAAUGUGUUAAGACUAGAUUUUUCACAAUGUCUUGUUUUGAUUUUUUUUAAUUUUAUUUGAUCAAUAUCAAUCCUGGAGUACUUCUGUAGAGAAAUGUAUGUGGGUUUUGUUUUUCAAACUCGCAUGUAAAUUUUGUUUUUGAGUCUUUAUGGUGAUUCAACAGAAGGUUACGCCUGUAUAUACACUCUGUAAUAAAGUAUAUUGGUAUUUGGCAGACAAAGAUGUUUGUGUGCUCAGUUUGAGAAGUGUGCCUCUGCAUUGGUUAGAAACGCCAAAGCUUAAUAUCUACCUUUUAACUGCAACCUCUGAUUUGCUAAAAAAAACA